CAAAACAGAACAAUGUAGCGUAGCGUGUAGUAUAAAAAUGACCAAACGGCGAAAGUCAGAGCUUCGCACUUCUUCUGCUUUGCAAAGCGGUUAAAACCCCAAUUUCUCUCUCUCUCUCUGUUUCUCUCAGAUCACAGAGUCACAGUCUCAUUCUAAUGGCCAAAGAGUCUGAUUCCUUCUCUCUGGUUCGUCUCAACAUCGGAGGGAAGAAAUUUUGCACUACCCGUGAUACUUUGACUCAACGUGAGCCUGAUUCAAUGCUUGCUGCAAUGUUCAGUGGUCGGCAUACAGUUUGCCAGGAUCCUGAAAAGGGAUUUGUUUUUGUUGAUAGGGAUGGUAAACAUUUUCGACACAUCCUUAACUGGUUAAGGGAUGGUGUUGUUCCCACGUUGAAAAACUCUGAAUAUGCAGAGCUUUUGCAAGAGGCUGAAUACUAUCAGCUGCUUGGACUUAUAGAUGGAAUAUCUGAUGUCAUGAAUCAGAGGAAUAAAAAUGAAGAGUUAGAUACAGAAUUAACACGUAUAGAUAUCAUCAAGUGUAUACAGUCUGAGAGAGUCAGAUUUCGAGGUGUUAAUCUUUCUGGCCUUGAUCUUUCAAAACUGGAUCUGUCAUUUGCCGAUUUCAGCUAUGCAUGCAUUAAAAAUGUGUUCUUCUCACGUGCAAACCUACUGUGUGCGAAGUUCAGGGAUGUGGAUGCCGAGGGUGCAAUCUUUCACAAUGCAACUUUGAGAGAAUGUGAAUUUACUGGGGCAAAUCUACGUGGAGCCUUAUUAGCUGGGGCUAGCCUACAGAGUGCAAAUCUACAAGAUGCAUGUUUAAUAGACUGCAGCUUCUGCCAGGCAGACCUCCGCUCUGCACACUUACAGGAUGCUGAUCUUACAAAUGCAAAUUUAGAGGGAGCUAUUUUGGUAGGGGCCAACUUGAAGGGUGCCAAGUUGAGUAAUGCCAAUUUGAGGGGUGCAAAUCUUCAACGAGCUUACUUACGAAAAGUAAAUUUAAGAGAUACUCAUCUGGAAGGUGCAAAGCUUGAUGGUGCUAAUUUGCUUGGAGCAAUCAGACGACACUGAAUAAUCCACUGUAAAUUUCAUCUUGUGUAUAACCUAUAUCAGACUUUCAUUAUGAGAUCAAAUAUGUGCAAUUUGUUGAUUAUUUCUGCGGUUUGCCUUGUAAAUAACCGUUGGACCCAUAUUUAAUUAAUUUACAAAUAUUGUUUUGUAA